UAAACAAACUAGUCAUUAUACCUUGAUUAUCUACUAUAGUCUUCCCCCUUUAUCCUCCCCCAUUUUCCCAUCCCAAAGCUCAAAGCUUUUUCUUCUCCCUCACUCUUUUGUCCACUUCUACAAGAACCCAAGAAAAGCUUUAGCUUUUCCAAGCUACUAGUUAAUUAAACUAACCAACUUUUCUCCUUGAAAGUUACCCACCUCAAAUCCAUCACCCCGACCCCCACCCCACGUCUCCAUUUUCAUCAACCAAGUAAAGGAUAUUUCUCUGUUUCUUGAACUAUAGCUUCAGAUCCUUUGUUCACUUCUUUCAGACAAAAUAUCAAACAGAUAGAGUGCAACAACAAAACCCACCUCAAAUUCAUCACCACUACCCCCUACGGUCUUGUUGGAGGAAAGCAAAACUGGGUCUUUUUCUGUUUCUUGAACUGUAGCUUCAAUCUCUUUGUUGAGUUCUUUCAGGCAAAAUAUCAAACACGUAGAGUGCAACAAUGAGCUGACAUUUUGGGUCAAUUGGUGAUGAUACAGAAAGAGAUUACUUUGUUUAUACUCAAUGGGAAGACGACAAAUUAAUGGUGGUGUUGAUUUUUGGGGAAUUGUGCCACCGCCGAGUAUGGCUCCGGCAGAAGCAAAUGGUGGACUAGAAGGAGAAGAUCAUUGGAGAAACUUUGACAACUCUGUAAAUGCUGUAUCGUUUGGUUUCGUUGCGACUGCUAUUCUUAUUUCUAUGUUCUUAGUAAUGGCGAUUUUCGAGAGGUUUCUCCGGCGAAGACCAUCGUCGUCCGGUGGUGAUCGGAAUAGUUCCGAUCAAAUAAGAGUCCAGAGGAAACUUGAUUACCCUUCUCCUGAGAUGACUUUUUACGCGAAUGGAGUAUCAGUACUGAUGCCUGGGGAAGAAGUUCCUACCUUCAUCGCGCAUCCUGUACCCGCACCUUCUCCUAUGGAAUGUACAUCUCAACCCCUUCAUCAUCAAAACGACGCGUCUCCUUCAAGUCCAGCCACAACUUCUACUAGUCAUAGCUCCAGUUGACAACAAUACAGAUAUGAAAUGAAAUUUAUGGUUGUCACUAUCACAAAAACCUCUAUGUGAAAGUAGAUAUUUGAUAGGAAAAAUGUCCACUCAUACAUUAAAAUUUAAGGGCUUUUUUACCUUGAGGAACUUGUCAUUGUAUUUACAUAUAGUGUAAUAUGAUUUGACUACUGGCUUUCUUCACU